AAGGUGCGACACCAACAUCACAACGUGUUGAUUGACAUCUGUUUAAAGGACACGAUUCCAUACAACUGGCACUGAAGGAGAGAAGCAAGCCAUGAGCUUGGCACGGCACCAAUCCAAGAGCCUCCCCGGGGGGUACCUGCCGGCUGGACACAGCAGCUACAAGUUGCUCAGCCGCUCCAUCUCGGAGUGUGAGCGUUUCUUUACCACCGGCUCCAUCGUCUCAGAAAAUGAUAUGCACAAGCCAGAGAUCCUGGUCAACUUGAUCCGGGCCGAGAAGAUCAAGGACAUCACCGAGAGGGUCACCAAGCCGACCAUGGUCUCCAACAAAACUCCACGCCUGGCCAGUCAGGAAACGCUGAUGGCCGAACAGAACUACAACGUGAAGAAGUUGUUGUUUGACGAUGUGGGCGGCAACCGGAAGGUCUCGAGUAGGUCGGGUCUGCUGGGGCCAGGCUACGCUAACAUUCUGUCAGGACAACUGCCGCCACCUACCGGAUGUGCUCAUGUUAUGUAUCACAAAUUGUGGCGCCAUUCGUCCCCCGUAAGCUACCAGCAAAGAUGGUCUAGUAACCAGAAACAUUUGCAUUACAACUUCCUCCCGCGUGUACCUCAAGAAUCAAAAACGUAUUCUCUGCAUCGUUGCGACAGGCAUUACAUUCGUUAAAGCUUUGGGUGGGGGGAAUCAAUGAUUAAAUAGUCAACUGUUUAUAAUAAAGAAAUACAAAAAAAUUGGGUUCAUUA